AGGUGUGGCUGAAGUACAUCUUAAUCUUUCAUUGUAGAGUGAGACUGCUUUAUUGAAAGAGUUACCAUGACCACUCCACUACUGAUGUUUGUUAUUCUGGCUCUACCCUGCUACAGCGCACCUGGGCAAAUCAAUCGUUUUGGACUUCCAGUCUCUGCCCAUAGUAGGGAUUUCUAUGUCAGGUCUCCCAGAGAUCAAGUAUGCGCCAGGGUGAACAUUGACAUUCUCGAGUUCACCUGCUGUGAAGGAGAAUGGCAUGAGGGGGCUGGGCAGUCCUGCUGUGGAAAGAGGUCCUUCAACCUCAUCCAGGCUUCAUGUUGUGAUGGUCAGCUGACUCCGCAUGUGAGCCAGCUGGUGUCAGAUUGCUGUGGCUCUAGGGCAUAUGAUCCACUCAACCAGCUAUGCUGUGACUUACAGAUUCUAACCAGGACCCAACCCCAUUCCAAGUGUUGUGGAAAAGAGCUUUACAAUAAAGACCACCAGCUCUGCUGUGGACAUGUCGAUAAAGGAAGGAAGCUCCUGACCAAAAUGUCCCGUUACCACCUGUGCUGUGGAGACCAACAGUUUGAUCGGCGAAGCCACUGCUGCUGCCAACACAUCACUGAACCAUUAAACCCUCAGCCUCUCAAUGCAAGCUGCUGUGCCAUCCAGGAAUUGCGACAUACUCUCCCAGCGCAAACUGUUCAGAACAAAACAAUUGCUCAGAGUUCUCCAAACUGUAUGCCUGGGGAGAAGCCUUGUGGUCAAAGUGCCUGCUUUAACCCAAUAACAGAACGUUGCUGUGUGAACCCUACAUCUCUCCAGGGACAAAGUUACUCACAUGACCAGACCUGCUGUGAUGGAACACUCAGCCAUACUCCAGGUCAGCUGACUCCGCAUGUGAGCCAGCUGGUGUCAGAUUGCUGUGGCUCUAGGGCCUGUGAUCCACUCAACCAGUGUGACUUACAGAUUCUAACCAGGACCCAACCCCAUUCCAAGUGUUGUGGAAAAGAGCUUUACAAUAAAGACCACCAGCUCUGCUGUGGACAUGUCGAUAAAGGAAGGAAGGUCCUGACCAAAAUGUCCCGUCACCACCUGUGCUGUGGAGACCAACAGUUUGAUCGGCGAAGCCACUGCUGCUGCCAACACAUCACUGAACCAUUAAACCCUCAGCCUCUCAAUGCAAGCUGCUGUGCCAUCCAGGAAUUGCGACGUACUCCCCCAGCGCAAACUGUUCAGAACAAAACAAUUGCUCAGAGUUCUCCAAACUGUAUGCCUGGGGAGAAGCCUUGUGGUCAAAGUGCCUGCUUUAACCCAAUAACAGAACGUUGCUGUGUGAACCCUACAUCUCUCCAGGGACAAAGUUACUCACAUGACCAGACCUGCUGUGAUGGAACACUCAGCCAUACUCCAGGUCAGCUGACUCCGCAUGUGAGCCAGCUGGUGUCAGAUUGCUGUGGCUCUAGGGCCUGUGAUCCACUCAACCAGUGUGACUUACAGAUUCUAACCAGGACCCAACCCCAUUCCAAGUGUUGUGGAAAAGAGCUUUACAAUAAAGACCACCAGCUCUGCUGUGGACAUGUCGAUAAAGGAAGGAAGGUCCUGACCAAAAUGUCCCGUCACCACCUGUGCUGUGGAGACCAACAGUUUGAUCGGCGAAGCCACUGCUGCUGCCAACACAUCACUGAACCAUUAAACCCUCAGCCUCUCAAUGCAAGCUGCUGUGCCAUCCAGGAAUUGCGACGUACUCCCCAGCGCAAACUGUUCAGGUACAAAAUAUAUUUGUGCCAUACGCACUGA